UCUUUUUCAACUUCAACACAAAUUUCACUUCCUCACAACAACUACUACUACAACAACUCUAACAAUGGCUCUUACCUUCUCCGACAUCUUCAAGUUUAUCUUUGCCGUCAUCUUCCCUCCUCUGGGAGUUUUCUUGGAGAAAGGAUGCGGCACUGAUCUCCUCAUCAACAUCCUGUUGACCAUCCUGGGUUACAUUCCUGGUAUCAUCCACGCCUUCUACAUCAUUCUGAAGUAUUAGAGUGGCCCGGACAAGUGAAGUGAUCCGGGCGUUACCUGUACAGAGUCGUCAUCAAUUCGACCCCACCAUCAAUCACGGGAGCCGUUGUUCGGUCUCGAGCAGAACUAGCAGCACUCUUAUUCAUCCUUUCCACCAACCGCUGUAAUUUUUAAUCUCAUGGACACUUGUCUAAUAAAUAAAUGUAAUUAUGCGCACUCAA